ACUUCUUCCUCUUCUUCUUCUUCUUCUUCUUCUUCAACUCUCUCCCAACACUCUCACACUCAGAAACACAAAACACAAACUCAAGAAUGGCACUUUCUCUCAGGCUACACACCUUUCUCUCCACCACUUCCAGACCCAAGUUCUCAUCCAAUGUCACUCUCACUCCUCCAAACCCAUCUCUCUCCCUCCUCUCCUCCUCACCUCUCCCCCACCACCACCACCUCUCUAUUAGAACCUCACAUUCCCUCACCAUCAACGCCACCUCUACUCCCGCAACCGUAGCAGAGCCAAAGGGCAUCAAGAUUAAUUUGGUUCCCACCAAACCGAUCGAAGGCCAGAAGACCGGAACCAGCGGUCUCCGAAAGAAGGUGAAAGUUUUCCAGCAAGAGAAUUAUCUAGCCAAUUGGAUCCAGGCGUUAUUUGAUUCAUUGCCUCCAGAGGAUUACAAGGAUGGUGUACUGGUGUUGGGAGGUGAUGGUCGUUUCUUUAAUCGUGAAGCUGCACAGAUUAUCAUCAAAAUUGCCGCCGGGAAUGGUGUUGGGAAAAUUUUGGUUGGCAAGGAAGGAAUUUUAUCAACACCCGCUGUUUCUGCUGUAAUCCGCAAGAGGAAGGCCAAUGGUGGUUUCAUAAUGAGUGCAAGCCAUAAUCCUGGUGGACCUGAUUAUGAUUGGGGUAUUAAGUUUAAUUACAGUAGUGGACAGCCUGCACCUGAGUCCAUCACUGACAAGAUUUAUGGAAAUACUCUUUCUAUCUCGAAAAUAAAGGUAGCAGAUAUCGCUGAUGUUGACCUAUCUUCUCUUGGAGUUGUAAACUAUGGAAACUUCAUUGUCGAAGUUAUUGAUCCGGUUACUGACUAUUUGGAACUAAUGGAGAAUGUAUUUGAUUUCCAGCUUAUCAAAAGUCUUCUGAAGUUAGAGUUUAGGUUUCUGUUUGAUGCCAUGCAUGCUGUUACUGGUGCUUAUGCAAAGCCCAUCUUUGUGGAUAAACUGGGAGCCACUCCGGAUUCAAUCACAAAUGGCGUGCCUUUAGAGGAUUUUGGGCACGGUCAUCCAGAUCCUAAUCUUACGUAUGCUAAGGAUCUUGUUGACGUGUUGUACAAUGCAAAUGGACCUGACUUCGGAGCCGCAAGUGAUGGGGAUGGUGAUAGAAACAUGAUUCUUGGUAGAGGCUUUUUUGUGACUCCUUCAGACUCUGUUGCAAUUAUUGCAGCCAAUGCUCAAGAUGCUAUUCCGUUUUUGAAGAGUGGCCCGAAGGGAUUAGCACGGUCCAUGCCAACAAGUGGGGCACUUGAUCGUGUUGCUGAAAAGUUAAAGCUUCCUUUUUUUGAGGUUCCCACUGGUUGGAAGUUCUUUGGGAAUCUUAUGGAUGCUGGGAAGUUAUCUAUAUGUGGGGAAGAGAGCUUCGGAACAGGUUCUGACCACAUCCGUGAGAAGGACGGCAUAUGGGCUGUCUUAGCUUGGCUUUCUAUCAUCGCAUAUCGGAACAAAGACAAAAAACCUGGCGAGAAGUUGGUUUCGGUCGCAGAUGUUGUGAAGGAACACUGGGCAACCUAUGGAAGAAAUUUCUUUUCUCGAUAUGACUAUGAAGAAUGUGCAUCUGAAGGUGCCAAUAAGAUGAUAAAUCAUCUUAGAGAUUUAAUUUCACAGAGCAAGCCUGGUGAAAAGUUCGGAAAUUAUGCUCUCAAAUUUGCCGAUGACUUCACAUAUACUGAUCCUGUUGAUGGAAGUGUGGCAUCAAAGCAAGGUGUUCGGUUUAUUUUUACAGAUGGAUCGAGGAUCAUAUUUCGUUUAUCAGGAACAGGUUCAGCGGGAGCAACUAUUCGAAUAUAUAUUGAACAGUAUGAACCGGAUGUCUCCAAACAUGAUGAGGACGCCCAAGUGGCAUUGAAACCCUUAAUAGAUUUGGCAUUGUCUAUAUCGAAGCUGAAGGAAUUCACUGGAAGGGAGAAGCCCACAGUCAUCACAUAAACCACUAUUCCACGACCGGUAUCAUUUGUCGUAAGAAUCAGUCCAAGUUAAUAAUGGCAGAGGCAGUGAGUUGUGGUAAAUAUCCCAUGCACCUUUUAGAGUUUUGGUGUACGAUUGGUAAUCUGGCUUGUUUUCGUGAAAAAUAAACCCCGACCCUUGUAUGAUAUGUUGGAAAGAAAAUAAAUGCAAGUGGAAAGAAGGUACUGAUUUCUGGGA